CUUUUAUUUGUUUCCAAUUCCUCUGAAGUCUGAAUGCCAAAAUGGCAACUCUUACAUUAAUACAUUCCAAAAUAGCGUAUUUCCUUUGCAGCUUCACCACCACUCUCUAGUUCCAAAGCUUGAACAGUCAAAUCCUCGCACAACAUAAAACAUGUUUCAUUGGUAAAAUUUCUCUCCUUAGAUUUAUAUUCAGAUUCUUACAAAUUGUGGGUCUCUCUAUGUUUUCUCCACAAAGUUUCCUUUUUGAUCUAUUUUUCGUUCUGGGUCUUUUAUGCUAACCAUUUUCCUGAACAAAGACUCUUCAACUUCAGGGUUUCAUUACCCUUCUGCACAGACUUUUCUUGUUGGCGAAUAGUUUGAUUAGUAAAGGCAGAGUGAAGGUUAAAAAAGAAAAAAAAAGGUGAGAAAUUUUCAGCUUGUUAAGCUUGAUUUUGUGUUCUUUGUGUAAAAAGGUUGUGUAAUGGAAGAAGGGUCAUGUCAAAACUCAGUUCCUGGUUCAGGUUUUGUUGAUAAAACUAGGAUUGUAGAGGCUAAACCCCUUCGUAGUUUGGCACCUGUGUUGCCAAAAUCUCUUCAAUCUUCUCUCUCUGGCCGGUAUCCAUCUGUGUUUCCUCCAUUUGUUUUGUUUGAGGAGCCUCAGGAGUCUCAGCCGUCACCUGCUCCCAUGCCGGCUCCAAUAAGGUCCUAUAGGGACCCACUAGAUGAAGAAGAAGCCCCUCAUGGAGCCAAUGGAGAGACUUCUUCACCUAUGGAGGGUCUCAACGGUUGUAAUGUUGAUGAUGGCCAAAAGCGUGUUGUGUUGCCUAUGAACAGCUGCAAAUCUUCCCAAAAGAGGAGUAAGAAAACUAAGGAGUCACCAUUUGAUUUGAGUUCUUCGGUUGGUGGUAUCAGCAUGGCCAAAAGGGAAGAUGGCGAUCGUGAAGUGGUUAAUCUUGUGCUCAUGACUUAUGAUUCUCUUCGUAGAAGGCUUUGCCAAAUUGAAGAUGCCAAGGAGUUGAACACAACAAUGUUAAUCAAGCGUGCGGAUUUAAGAGCAAGCAAUGCGAUGACGGGCAAAGCUUUUCGAACAAACAUGAGGAGGAGAGUAGGAGCAGUGCCUGGGGUUGAGAUUGGGGACAUUUUCUUUUUGCGGAUGGAAAUGUGUCUUGUGGGUUUACAUGGUCAGUCAAUGAGCGGAAUUGACUACAUGACUAUCAAGGAUGAGCUUCAAGAGGAAACGGUGGCUUUAAGCAUUGUUUCUUCAGGAGUAUAUGAUAAUGAUGCAGAGGAUAAUGAUGUUUUAAUUUAUAGUGGUCAGGGUGAGAACUUCAACAAGAAAGAUAAGCACGUGAUUGAUCAGAAGCUUCAAAGGGGUAAUCUUGCUUUAGAUAGAAGUUCACGACGCCACAAUGAAGUAAGAGUCAUCCGGGGCUUGAGAGAUGCUGCAAACAGAAAUGCAAAAAUCUAUGUCUAUGAUGGUCUGUAUAAAAUCCAAGAUUCUUGGAUAGAAAGAGGGAAGUCUGGUGGCGGUGUAUUUAAGUAUAAGUUUGUUAGAUUGUCCGGACAACCCAGUGCUUUUGCUGUUUGGAAAUCAGUUCAGAAGUGGAAAAUGGGCUCAAGCACAUCUUCAAGGACUGGUCUUAUUCUUGCAGACCUCUCUACCGGAGUUGAGAGUAUUCCUGUAUCACUUGUCAAUGAAGUUGAUAAUGAGAAGGGCCCUUCUUUUUUCACUUAUUUUCAUUCUCUCAAAGAUCCCAAGCCAUUCAGUUUACUGCAAUCUUCACAUGGAUGCAACUGUAACAAAACAUGUGUCCCUGGAGAUUUGAGCUGCUCUUGCAUUCAAAGAAAUGAAGGUGACUUUCCAUAUACUGCAAAUGGUGUUCUAGUGAGUCGGAAACCAUUGGUUCAUGAGUGUGGCCCAUUGUGCAAGUGUUCUCCUAACUGCAAGAAUCGAGUAUCCCAGACUGGUUUGAAGCACCAAAUGGAAGUGUUCAAAACAAAAGAUAGAGGGUGGGGACUUAGAUCACUGGAUCCUAUACGUGCUGGUACUUUUAUUUGUGAGUAUGCAGGAGAAGUUAUUGACGUUGCCAAGGUAAAUAAGAAUAGGGGAUAUGAUGAUGAGUAUGUUUUUGAUACAAGCCGUAUUUAUGAUCCAUUCAAAUGGAAUUAUGAACCUAGCUUAUUGGAAGAAAUAAGCUCAAAUGUCUCUUGUGAGGAUUAUGAUAUACCGUCUCCUCUAAUUAUCAGUUCUAAGAAAUUUGGAAAUGUGGCUAGAUACAUGAAUCAUAGUUGCUCCCCAAAUGUUUUCUGGCAGCCAGUCUUGUAUGCUGAAAAUAAUCAAUCCUUUCUUCACAUUGCAUUUUUUGCCCUCCGACACAUUCCUCCAAUGACAGAGUUAACAUAUGAUUAUGGAUGUUCCAGUCACAUUCCUCCAAUGACAGAGUUAACAUAUGAUUAUGGAUGUUCCAGUCAUGCUGAUCAUAGCAGUGCACCCAAAGGGAGAAAGAAAUGCUUGUGUGGAUCAUCAAAAUGUCGUGGUUCUUUUGGUUGAUGUUUUGUUGCAGUUGCUCAUGGACAGACAUGGUGCUGGCAAAUGUAUUCAGGGCUAGAAGAGGUGAUAGUCUACUGAAUAGAGUACUAGAGAAAGGCCAAGAAAAACUUAGAGAAACAUUUGAAAUAGACUUAUAUUUUUAUGGAUGAGGACAUUGAAUGUGAAGACCGGAUACAGCUUGGAAGUUCCAACGUCGUGGAUGCUUGCUUCAAAAUAUAAUUGGUAGAUGUACUUGGUAAAAAUUAACCAUGUUAGUCUUUAGGCAUGGCUCUUUUUCGGCUUUAACUUAUAGUUAGUGACUUUGGAUCAUCUUACCCCAUUCCUGGUUUUGAGGGGAAAAGGUUUUAGUGAGCAACUUGUGUAAAAUUAGUGUUGUAGGGAAUGGCCAGCACUUGAUAUCACUAACAUGCAUAUCUUUGUCCCCUUUUGGCUUUUGUAAUUGUAAUACAGUUAGUGUUGGCGUUGAUUAGAAGGCUAGAACUAUAUAUCCUAUUUUGGAUUCUAGAAACUAUUUUGUUAAACCUUGCUGUGUAUCUUUUCUAUGCAAAUUGAAUUGAUCUGAACACUCUUGGGUCCUUUCA